UGCAGCAGCUCAGUUGGUACUUCUGUGAAUAUGCCUUCAUCAUAACAGCAGGUCUGAGAACACUGGCAAUUCUAAUCAAGUGAUUGGAUCCACAGUUCAGUUGUGAGACCUUACUUAACAGUGCCUCAUUUAUCCCACAGGUUUCAGCCUAACUAACACACAUAAAGAAACAAAAUGACGUGCACAAUCUGGGGGAGUCUUGUAAUAGUGGCUGUCCUGUCACAUCUCUGUGCUGGUGUUCCAGUUGACACAAAUUGCGGGGCGGAGGGUUUGUCCAUUACACUUGGCAAUUAUACUCUUUCAGAUGGCCUGAAUGUGAACAGUGUGGUGGUUUAUGACUGUCCAGAGGGUUACUACCCCUACCCCUCAAGCCGACAUUGUCAAAGGACGGGAAAAUGGAGUCCUCCACCCAGUUUAAAACGCCCUGCACAGUGCAAGCGAGUCACAUGUCCCGAUCCCUUGGUUUUUGAAAAUGGGGAAGUCUUACCAAUUCAAAUGAUAUACUAUGUCACCAACCAGACCACCUAUAAGUGUUUUGAUGGUUACAAUCAAUUUGGAUCUACAACACGUGUCUGCCAAUUAAACGGCAAGUGGAAUGGAUCCACACCCAUCUGCGACAGAGGCUCCGAUCACUGUCAUGACCCCGGAGUCCCUCCAGGUGCCAGGAGAACGGGACUCCAUUUUGGAAUUGACGAUACGGUGACUUAUCGCUGUGAUGACGGUCUGACUCUGGUGGGCUCCAAUGAGCGUAUGUGCCAGGAGAGCGGGGAGUGGACAGGGGUUGAGCCAGCCUGCUACUCUAAAUUUGCGUAUGACACCCUGGAUGAGGUUGUAACAUCUUUUUCCGCCUCCCUGAGAGACAGUCUGACAUCAGAGGGAGAUAGUCAAAGUCAGUAUGAAAAGAAAAUACGACUGAACAAAGCAGGGAACCUCCAUAUCUACAUUGCUCUGGACUUCUCUGACAGCAUUAAGAAGGAUGACUUUCGUUUGUCCAAAAAAUACGCACUGAAGCUUAUAGAAAAGAUAUCUUUUUUUGAAAUCACCCCCAAGUAUGAAAUCCUAGCAUUUGCCACCGAUACAAUGGAGAUCAUAAACAUAGCUAAUCCUAACUAUGACGAUGUCAACAUUAUAACAGAACUGGAAAACUUUAAGUAUGAAGGCAAAGGGGACAAGUCAGGGACCAACAUUGCUAAAGCCUUUGAAUUUAUUUUUGGGAAGAUGAGUUUCAUGGAAGCCCAAAAUAAAGAGGGAUUCAAGGAUAUCCAGCAUACCAUCAUCAUGUUCACAGAUGGAAUAGCCAAUAUGGGUGGGAGUGCAAAACACAAAGUAGAUCAAAUCAAGUCCAAGGUGAAAAACGCAAACAACGCAGACAAUCGAGAAGAAUUUCUGGAUAUCUAUGUGUUUGGCAUUGGCGUAGAGGUUAAUUCAGAAGAGAUUAACAAGCUUGUGUCACAGAAGCCCCCUGAGAAACAUUUUUUUAAACUGCAGAACACAGACUCAAUGGACAGCAUGCUUGAUAAAAUGAUUGAUGAAAGUGACAGUGUGGGUCUUUGUGGAGUGUACAGGAAUUAUCAAAAUACCGAUGAUCCCAAAAUUUCCACAAUUUCUAAGCGUUGGAAGUACCCCUGGAUGGCAAAGAUAGAAGUCACGCGGGACGAUGGAACAUCGGACUGCCAAGGAGCUUUGGUCAGUUCCCGCUUUGUCCUGACAGCUGCCCACUGCUUCAGAUUUGAUGACCAACCAAAUUUAGUCAUUGUCAAAAUUGAAGAUGGCAAUUCGGGUGCAGAGAGGGCAGUAGAAAUGUUCAAAUCUCACCCAAACUACAACAGCAUGGCAAAGAGGAACAAAGGAAUACCGGAGUUUUACGACUAUGAUGUUGCUCUUAUCCAACUGAAAGUCGAUGUGAAACCAUCGGCACAAGCCAGGCCAAUGUGUAUUCCCUGCACAGCGGAAACGAAUCGGGCACUGAAGUUACAUGAUAAGGCGACAUGCGAAGAACACAGGGACAUUCUGUUGAAGAAGGAUAUUGAACCAGCCAAUUUCCUGUCUGCUGCUAAAUUAGCAUGGAAAGAUGUCACCAUCAAGCUGAACAAGAAAAGGCACAACUGUAUUAAAGAUAUUAAGGAGACUGUGAAUGUGGCAGACCCAACAGAGAUGGUUACUGAGAACUUCUUGUGUACAGGGGGGAACGAGGAUAAUGUAGAUCAUGUCUCCUGCAAAGGUGACUCUGGCGGACCUUUAUUUGUGCAGCGGAACAACCGACUCAUCCAAGUUGGAGUAGUCAGCUUUGGGGUCAAGAAUUUGUGCACAGCUUCUUCGGAAGAUCUACCAGAAUCAGAUGCAACAUCCAGAGAUUUCCACAUAAAUCUCUUUUCAGUUCUGCCCUUCCUCAAGAAGUACCUGGGUGAUGGAACCAUCUCUGCUCCAAUUACGUUCAUUGACUAGAGAGGUUUUGAACAAGAAUCUGCUGAACACUAAUGGAGAACGUACCAGUCCAGUUGGAAUCAUAUUUACUCUGUCAGAGUUGCUAUAGCCACAAAUUUGUAAGUAAAUAUAAAAUAAUGAUUUGAGGGUAUUCCAGUAGCAACAAAGAACAUUUGGUAUGUGUUCAAACUAACUAUCUGCCAUCAGAAAGCUCAGAUAAGGUGUCUGUCACAUUUAAGCUCUUUGCUGCAACCACAAAGAUCACUGCAAAAAAAGCUCAGUACUGCACUAUAUAUACAGAUCUGUAACCGGGCAAGAACACUCUAGAAAAAAAAUUGCAUAAUGGCUUAUCAAAUGGGUCCCCUUAUUACUGUAUGAUAUGCAAUGCAAGAAAUUAGGUCAGAGUCUGACAUUAAUUCGCAAUGUAGAAUGUUUGUGAGAGACGUUGCUAUGUGAGUCCCAAAUAUGCAUGGACACAGACAAGGACUACAGGAAACAACAUUUUGGUUUGUUUUGAAAAUUAAGGCUAUGGCAUUGGUUUUGGUUAUUAAAUAUCAAUAUAUUCCCCUGUU